UACGUACUGGCCGAGUCCACGAGUAUUCAUAUAAAGGCCGUGUUGGCCAUCCAGAGUGAUCUGUAGAUUCAUUCAUAUUCUGCAUACUGCUUCCACACCACUAUAACUGCUUUUACUUCUACCAUUACUACCAGUUACCAAAAACAAACCACCAACAAACACACCACCAUCAUGGCCGCUCAACUCCUCCGUCCUACAGUCCGCAGCUUCUCUGUCCACCGUCCUCAGCAAGCUACGCGGACUUCCCUCUUCAUCACCAGAUCCUGCCUGGUUUCAGCCGUCGUGCUGCCAUUCGUGCCUCCUGCUCUGGAGAGCUCUCGUGAAAAGAGUAUGGGUUACCCCGAACCCACCGCUCUGCUUCCAUUCUCGCUAAAUAGUUGAGAACUCGUCGAGUGUUCUACUACGGAGACACGGUUUUGCUUCCGGAACGCGAGAUUAGCAUGCGCAUCAUACAAAUACAUAAUACGGGACGGUGUUUACGGAGUUUGGUGAUUGGUGGGGACUGCUUUUAUCAUAAUGGGGGUGCAUAUGGCUUUUUUUUUUGGCUGCUUGACUGGGCUCAUGUUAUACCCAGUCUUCAAACCCAACUUCUUUCGGCGAUCCGUGGUGGCAUGGUGAUGACCAGCGGCGUUGCUCAGAUUGUUAGGGCUAUCGAGAAACAGAUACUAUACUUAUUAUUACGAAUGACACGAAGAGAAUUAUUUAAUACCAUUUUUGUCCAUUGUACAG